CAGAUAUACACGAAUUUUUUACUGAAGGAGCGCGUUAUUCGCGUACGUUAUUAUGGAGGAAAUCGUGGAGGAAUUGAAGGAGGAAACUAUGGAGGAAGUGUCGGAGGUGGUCGAAGAGGCGCCGAAGAAGGAGGACUUCAGCAACUACUUCCUGGAUCCGGACCAUCCGAUGUUGGAGCCCUUCCAAAAGGCCCUCAGGGAACAUCUACAAAAGCAAAUAGCCGCCAUCAAGGAGGAUCUAUUCGGCAUCGACAUCGAAACGAGGAAGAAGGAACAAGAAAUCGAAGACGUCGGCCUGCAAGCUUACGAAAUCCAACAACAAGUAUGCUACCAACAACGGACGCUCGAAACGCUAGUGGAACAAAUCGAAAAGGUCACCGUCGAGCAGGAAAAAGAAGAGGAAUCGCUCAAAAAGAACACGAAGCUAAUGAAGAACGUCCAAAACGACUUGUUCCGCGCCGAGAAAACCAACAGGGAUCUGACCAACGAAAUCGAGGGCAUCACCGGCCUGAUACGGCAGCUGUCCGAGUCCGGCGAAGAGAUGGAGUCCCAGAUCACCAUCAGCAAGCGCAUAUUGGACAAGUCGCGGCAGGAGAACGACCAGCUCGCCAAGCAGAAGCGCAAGCAGGACUUCCUCAUACACCGCAUCAUGACCGACAUAUGGAACAUCGAGAACGAAAUCGAAACCAACAAGCUGCAGAUAAUCGUCAAAGAGGAGGAACUGGACGAUUUGGAGCACCGCGCGGCCGUCGGCAACACCAAUAUCAUCGCUUUGGAAACCGAACUGAAGGCUCUGAUGUCUUCGUUUACGAGCGUCGUGGCCGCCGUGUCGAAUCGCGACAAAGGCUUGGAGUGCUUGAACCAGGAACUAUCGAGCAGAGAGGAAAGACACAAGGACAUCCUGACCGAAAUCGGUCAAUCGAAGAAGCUCAUCAAGCGCGAACAAAUGGAAAACCAGAAAUUCACGGCUCUCAAGGAACGUGUACUGGAAGACAUCAAGAUGAGCAAAAGCCAAAUCGACGAGCAAACCACCGAGAGAAAAUUAGUCGAAAAGGAAUUGCGAGACGUCAAAACGUACAUAACGCAAAUGAAGAAAGACAUAAAGGCGAGCCAAUGCGAGUCCCAUUUGAAGACUCUAGCGUACAACAAACUCCAAUUGGACUACAAACGAUUGGCCGAGAAGAAGAACAAAAUCGACCAGGAGAUUUUCACGUGCAUCCAAAGCGAAGUGGAAAACCACGCGUACACCAAAAAGGCCCAAAAGGCUUUGAACGAGCUGGCCGAUAAGAAACGCGACGUGGAAGUGAUUCAAAACGAGGCGGAGAACAAACGGAGUUCCCUCUAUUCCGAAAUCGAAUCGCAGAAAUUCAAAAUCGAAGAGCUCACCCGCAUCUACAACGAGACCAAAGAGGAAAUGGCCAAAUUGGACGAGGUGGCCAAAAAGAUGACGGCCGAAUUGGAGAAAUUCGUGUUGCUCUACAGGAAAAAGGAGAAACACGUGUUAACCCUAAACGAGAAGCUCGAACAGAAGAUCGCCUCGAAUCACGACGAUCGCAUAGCCAAAGCGGAGAUGAAGAUCAUCGAUCUGACGAAGCUCAUCGAGGAGACGCAGCAGGAGAUCAAAAACCUGCAGAUGUUCUGGAUGCGCGAGCAGAAGAACAUCCUCGCCAUGGCCAAGGAGCGACAGGAACAGAUACACAGCAUCAGCGUGCUGAGAAAGCAAAUGCUCAUAUUGGACCAGAAAAACCUGCGGUUGAGCGACGAGUUCGAUCAGCUCAAAAAGCAGGAGGAACUGACGCAGCACAGGAUCAAUUCGCUCACCAACAAAGCGACCAUUUUGUGCGACAGAGUGUACAACAAAAAGAACCACAAGAACGAUUUGGACAAGAACAACUUACUUAUGCAGGAUGAAUUCGAAGUGAAGCUGAAAGAAGCGGAAUUGGAAUUGUUGCGCAUCGAAGCGUCCAUCACCGAAAUCGAAGAGGACAAGGUGAAUUUGAGCAAGGAGUUGAUAGAAACGAACCGCGAAGGCCUCGAAUGGGAGAAGAAGUUCCACAUGACCAAAGAGUUCGUGCACAAGAACAAGAACAGCGAGGACGUGUCGAACAUGCGCCAGGAGUUGCACAAGAUGGAGGUGAUGUACGCUCAGAUGAAGAAGAACCAGGAGAAGCUGUUGAGGAGCUUGCAGGGCACGCUGGUGAAGAGGGACUCGUUGUUUUUCUACUCGGACGUGAAGCAGAAGACGCAGAAGAAGAACGACUACUCGAUACGGUCGAAUUUCCAGAAGAAGCUCGACAAUUUGAGGAAUCAAAUAAAGCAGGCGAAAACGGAAACGAGGAGCAACAAGAACAAAUACAAGUACAUCUGCGACGAAAUAGUCGAGACCGAGAAGAAAAUCGACGAGAUUUUAACCGAGCCCGUCUUCGACAAGGACUACAAGGGCGCCCUCAGGCACAAAUUGGAGGACGUCAAAUCGAAUCGGCAGCUGAAAUUCGAGAUGUUGCUCUUCCAACAGCGCAAAUCCCAAUUGCAUUCGUUGAUCAUCCAAAACAGAACGCCCUACACCGUUUACAGAAAGGACGACGAGCUGACGCUUGAAUACCACAAGGCCAAAGAAAUGAACGCCAAGCUAAGCAGGAUCGUCAAAGAAUUGAUUAAAGCGUCCGGAGGGUACGAUCCCGAUCUGCACAGACUGGACAACACUCUCGAAUUGAUCAAUUUGUGCACUUAAAUCCAGAAAUAUACAUGUAUUUUUUUUACAUACAUACCUCUAAUUCUUGAUCCGAUAUAC